AUGGCGCAAAAUGACUCGAACAAAUUGACAGUGAUCAUUGUCGGUCUUGGGAUUGCAGGGCUGAGUGUUGCUAUUGAAUGCCAUAGCAAGGGACAUAAUGUUAUGGUUUUUGAGAAGUAUGAGGAGCUGAAACAGAUGGAAGGAGACGGAAUCAGCAUUGGCUCCAACGGAGCUCGAGUGACUGCCAAAUGGGGCGAUGGUGCCUUCCACGAAUUAAUCCGCCCGUUGGAGUUCCAGACCAACAGAGCCAAAGUGUUUGAUUACACUGGCUAUUGUUAUGGCACGUUCGAGCUCCAUGGAUACAACGAGGGCCACGGUUAUACAGUCAACCGUGGAGCACUAGUGUCCGCCAUGCACCAGUACGCCCAGAGCCUUGGCAUUCCCAUCGCCCUGGGCUCUGAAGUCACCAAGUACUGGGAGACGGAAGACGAGGCUGGAAUUGAAAUCGAUGGUAGACGAAUCUCGGCCGACUGUGUCGUCUGCGCCGAAGGAAUCCACAGCCAAGGCCGACUGAGCAUCACCGGCCAGCAGAUGAACCUGCAGGAGACCGGUUACGCGGCUUCUCGAGGUUACCUGGAUGCUCAAGUCGCGGCUUGCAGUCCGAGUCUGAGUUGGAUUCUCAGUGAGGAAGAAUCGGGAUCCGAGGACUGCAUCUAUGGUUGGCUUGGACCCGGAGUCCACUUCGGAAUCACGACCAAGAAGAAGGACAAUGAGCUGUUCUGGUACUGCUCGCAUAAGCGCCGCAUGAUCGUGGUUGGUGAUGCGGCGCACGCGGCGCUCCCGUCCAGCGGACAGGGAGGUACCCAGGCUAUCGAAGACGCCGCCACACUUGCGAUCGCCCUUGACUUGGCGGGGAAAAAGGAUGUACAAUUGGCGCUGUCAGUCACGGAGAAGAUCCGAUACCAGCGUGCUCAGAUCGUCCAGCAAGGUGGCCUGGCGGUGUUGCAAUUUGUGAUGAAUCAUGUCGACUUCGACGCGUUGCGGCAGGACCCGACGAUGGUGAAGCCACCGCACCCGGCGUGGAUUCUGGACCACGACUGCCAGGAGUACGCUUUGAAGGAGUUCUCAAAAGUGGCAGAAGCGGUGCGAAAUGGUCAGGAGUAUGUGCCUUACAACAUUCCUAGCGAUGGGCAAUAUCGGAUGGAGUAUGAUAGUAAAUAG